AUGGCUGCCACGCUACCACUGGAGCUACUCAUCCAGAUAGCAACCUUUCUCAAGAGUACAGGCGCACCCCUCACUCCGUGUGUGACUGUCUGUCGCCGCUGGCAAGCAGCAUUCGAGCCGUUGGUCUACCGCGAAGUGCACGUCUACACCACCGAUGACCUUGAGGAAGUCAGCCCAGGUCGUGCACUUUUCCUGGCAAACCUCGAUCGGAUCACAUCCAGUGCAGGAAUUUCUCGACGAGCUUGGAUUCGGCAACUAAGAUGUCAUCUGGUUAUUCCAUAUGAGCUACCCGACUGGCAGGCAAUUCAGCUGGAAGAUUAUUCCACCGAUAACGAAGUCCGAAGAGCCAACGACCAUGCCUUCCAGUCCGGUAUCAUCGCCCUCUUCACAACGCUUAGUGACUGGGACCCAGGUCUUCGCCUCACCGUGCAACUAACGAUCUUGGGUCAAGAAGAGAUGCUCGAGCCACACACAGACCACGAUACAUUUACUGGACAGGAUACCUGGGACUUGCAAGACGGAGAGACAUUGGCUGUUCCUCUUUACCGUGCUUCGUUUGGUGACAGUGACCCAUCCAUGCUCCCAGUUGUCCCAUGUAUCAACCGACUCUGGUUCAUUGAAGACUGUGGCGAACCUGCGUUCCACCUUGCUCCUGAUAUUUGGGAAGGCGCGGCCAUGCAAAUUGCUCGAAAAUGCUCCACCAUGUCCACACUGUGCCUCAGCAUGGAAGAGCGUAUCAAGCCAGAUCAUUUGAACUAUAUCCAGGCCGGCAAGUGGGUUACUCUUCCGCUCCCCGAGCGACAAGCGAAGCUCGAUGCGAUUGAGGACUGGACAGCCUUUAUCCGUGACGAGGACGAGGGAGAUGAAGACCGUGAACUCUUGGAUACUGAGCAUUUCCAGCGAGUCCUCAUUUCCCUCGGCCAUGCUGCCCGUCGGAUGCCCAAGCUGACCGCACUGAACUUUCCGAUCGAGGGCAACCCUGAUUUUGAUCUUCUUGUGGAAUUCACCCCCUACGAACGUGCACAGCUGCUCUUGUACUCUGAACUUCGACCUGAUAACGAGCUGCUGCGGCUUGGAGUUGUCCAUUCGAGAGCCUCCCUGCGCUUGUGGGAAGUUGGAGGGGCCUGA